AUGUUCUCUUCAGCCCGGCGCUGGCUGCAUCGGAACCGGACGCCAAUUGCCAUCGGCGUUGGAGUCGUCGGUGCUGGCUACGCCGUGACGCAGUAUGUGCUGUCCAAGAUCAACGAUGCGCGCGAGCGUAUGAGCAGCGACCGCAUCGCCAAGGAGAAUCUUCGCCGUCGAUUCGAGCAGAACCAGGAGGACUGCACGUUUACCGUCCUGGCUCUCCUGCCUACCGCCACCGGCAACGUCAUCACGGCUCUCAACACGGAGCGCAUCACCUACGAGAUCCAGCAGAUCAAGAGCUCGGCCAGGAGCCUCAAGGGCAUUCAGACGACUAGCCCGCCCAGUAUUGCCGACACCACCCUCACCGAAGAUGAUAGUAAGAGCACCAUCAGUGUGCCCGUUGACAUCGGCAUGCCCUUCACCACAGACGCUUCCCAACAGGAGCUCGCUCCUCCGAGACCACGAAAGACCAAGAGGCAGCUGUGGGAUGACCUCACCAUCAGCGCCAUUACGAGAUCGUUCACGCUCAUCUACACACUCGCCCUCCUUACCAUGCUCACCAGGGUCCAGCUAAACCUGCUGGGUCGACGCAGCUACUUAUCCAGCGUUGUCGCUCUCGCCACUGGCAGCCAACAGGCCACCAUCAACCUCGAGAACAAUGACGAUGAUAACCCCAACCAGACAUACGGCAGCGACUUCGACACGAACCGCAAGUACUUGACCUUUAGCUGGUGGUUGCUAAAUAAGGGGUGGAUUGAGGUCAUGCAACGCGUCGAGAGCUCUGUACGAACCGUCUUUGGCAGCCUCAGCCCCCGCGACCUUGUCACCUUUGACCGCGUCUCCCAGUUGACCGCAGAGGUCAGAAAGCUCAUUGAAGGAUCCUCCAACGAACGCAAGGGAUCGGAUUGGCUGGCCUUCCUGUUGCCCCCCAAAGACAAGGAAGACGAGGUCAUCCGUGAGUCUGGCAUCUUGGACGAUGCAGGCAUGGCCGCUCAGGACGGCGCCCAGGUUUCGCCCGCCGCGCUGAGGCGGCUGCUCGAUGAGACGGCCGAUCUAAUCGAAUCACCGGCCUUUUCACACGUCCUGACCUUGAUCCUCGACUCUGGAUUCUCGUUGCUAGUGGAUAAGAAGCUGGCUACCGAAGCUUUCGAGUUUUCUCUGGACGACGCCCCCACUGCUGUAGCAACGACAGCCAGCCUCAAGCGCACCAGGGCCAUUCUCCUGCCCAAGAUUCUCUCUGUUUUGACACGACAGGCUCACGUCAUUGGCAACGGCAUGCCGAAUGAGUAUCUCCAGGAAAUGGAGACGGUGCGCGAUCUCGAGGCCUUCUCCGCGGUUGUAUACUCUAGCAACUGGGAGAAUGAGAUGAAGGAAGAUGGGCUCAUGGAGAGCGCCGUGUACCUCAAGUCUGAAGACACCCAGUCUCAGUCCACUCAGGUCGAGAGCAGCGUCGUCAUUGUUGAGCCCCAGGCUGCUGCUGACCUUGAAGGCGCAUGGGCAAGGGCAGCGGACAAGAAAGCUUGA